AUGGUUCAGUGGCAGCAACAACCAACUCCAAUUGAGAAGACCACCACGAAGCUUGGGGAAACCUUCCGACAAUUCAUGAAAAUGAGCUUAUCUUAUUGUGAGAAUAUAGAGGUUGCGUUUAAAAGCAUGAAGAUGCACAUUGGGCAAUUGGUCAAUAAGAUAGAGGGUUGUGAAAGGAAUGCAAAAAGUAAUCUGAGGGAAGAGUGUAAAACCAUUGUUACUAGAAGUGGCAAGGUGUUAGAUGAGAGAAAAAUAGAGAGAAAAGAGAAAGAAAAUGUGAGUGAGGAAGAAGAGAAAGAAAAGCAGCUUGAGCAGUUUAUGGAGAUUUUUAAAAAACUAGAGAUUACCAUACCUUUCUCUGAAGCAUUGCAACAAAUGCCUUCGUAUGCAAAGUUUUUGAAGGAGCUCCUCACGAAGAAACGAAAAUACAUUGAAAAGGGGACCAUUGAAGUGCAAGGUAAUUGCAGUGCAAUCAUACACAAAUUAUUACCUCCUAAGCUUAAAGAUCCAGGAAGCUUCACCAUUCCGUGUACCAUCGGAGAAUUGGAAAUUAGAAGAGCAUUGAUUGAUUUGGGAGCUAGCAUUAAUUUAAUGUCGCUUGCUAUGUUCAAAAGAAUUGAAGGUUUGGAACUCAAACCUACUAGAAUGUCACUACAGUUAGCGGACAGGUCUCUUAAAUACCCGUAUGGGGUGGUUGAAGAUGUGCUCGUGAAGACUGCAAGAGUUUUAAUUGAUGUGGAGAAUGGCAAGCUUAAAGUGAGAGUUCAAGAUGAAAAAGGGGAUUUUGAUGUAUUCAAAGCCAUGACACACCCUAAAGAUGAUAAAGCAUGUUUCCAAUUUGAUAUGCUUGAUGAAGUUUGUAUGGUGCAAGAGAAGAUGGUAUGUUGUUCUUCUCCGUUAGAAAAAACUCUUAUUGAUGCCUGUGAAGACUUGAAUGAUGAGGAAGAAAAAUUAAUUGAUGUGUGUAUGACGGAGUUGGAGACAUUGAAGGAGAUCCCAGUGGAGGAGGCUAAUUUUGAGAUGAUUGAUACCAAAGAAGAAGUCAAAGAAAAGAAGUUGGAGCUAAAGAUGUUACCAUCACAUUUGAAGUAUGUUUUCUUAGAAGAAGAUGGAACAAAACCAGUCAUCAUUAGUAAUUCUUUGCUCCCUAAAGAGGAAGAAAAGUUGGUAGAAAUAUUAAAAGCCAACAGAGAAGCUAUUGGAUGGUCAAUCUCAAAUCUCAAAGGUAUAAGUCCAACCUAG